AUGACCGGCUCGAUGGUCAACGGAAGCGGAGCUAGCGGACAGUUGGACAAAAAGCUGCUGCGGACGAUCAGCGACCCAUCCUCCAGUGAUGCCAUACCUCCGGCGGACCUCGCUCGAUCGAUGGGUAUAGGCGGACUGCCCUCCAAAGAAGAGGCUAUCAAAGCUUUGGAAGCCGAAGUUCUGGCACCGGUGAAGGAUCUGAGUGGCCCAGAGCUCUGGAGGUGGCAGACCCAAGCGCCGAUCGAGCUCCCUCUUCCCCGCAUGACCCUCACUCCCCUACCUCCGACACAUCAGAUCCUCCCUACCACUCGCGGCAUUAACGGCGUCUUUACACACUGGCGUUCGGCUCUCGCUCCUCGUCCGCCCGCUCAUCCUGCACUAUCGAGCUCAACGAACCGAGCCUUUGGAGACAGCAAGAACUUUGUUCGGGGGAAGGGGUCGUACGCGCCUUUCCUGCCUGGCGGUCUCGAGCCAGAGACGAUCACCCACGACGAAGAUGAGAAGGAGGAAGAGGACGAGGAGGAGGGCUGGAAGACCCGAGCCCCAGCGUUGAGGAGGGGUGCGAAGUUGGAAGGAGCGGAUGAGUUCUUGGCGGAGAUGCUUGGCCAGCAGGGUUUGGGCGGGAAAGCAAAGCGAAGACGGACGGACGGGAAAGAGGAAGCGGUGCUGGAGAUUAAGAGGAUGGGUGAUGAAGACGGGGAGAAGAAGGAGAAUGGGUUUGGAGGGGUGAGGAAGGUGGAUGAUCUGCUGCCGAUCGGGCGUCUCCCUGCUCCACCUACCUCCAGGAAGCAAUACCGAGCUCCGACGAGGAAAGAGUGGGCCCAUGUUGUCGAUGUCGGACAAGAACUCACGAACUUCGACGAGCUCGUGCCUGAAAUGGCGAGGGAGUACCCCUUCACUUUGGACAACUUCCAAAAAGAAGCAGUCUACCGACUCGAGAUGGGCGAUUCUGUCUUCGUCGCUGCGCACACUUCGGCCGGAAAGACUAAGUUCCGGGACUUUAAGCAAUCAUUCGAUCCUUCGACCGUUGGUAUCCUGACGGGAGAUGUCCAGAUCAACCCAGAAGGGAGCUGCCUGAUUAUGACGACAGAGAUCUUGCGGAGUAUGCUUUACAAAGGUGCUGAUCUUAUUCGAGAUGUCGAAUUUGUAAUCUUCGAUGAAGUACACUAUGUCAACGACGCCGAGCGAGGUGUUGUCUGGGAGGAAGUUAUCAUUAUGCUUCCCGAGCACGUCAAUAUCAUCCUCUUGUCCGCUACCGUGCCGAAUACCAGGGAGUUUGCAGAUUGGGUUGGUCGAACGAAGAAGAAGGACAUCUACGUUAUCUCAACUCCCAUGCGUCCAGUACCGCUUGAGCAUUUCUUGUGGGCCGGAAAGGAGCUGCACAAAAUUGUCGAUUCCAAGUCCCGCUUCGUGGGUGAAGGAUACAAAGCUGCCACAGAGUCUACCCGUCGAAAGCAGGACAAGGAGCGAGAAGCGGCCGGCCUUCCCCCUGUCCAGCGUACAGGCGGGCGCGGGAUGCCACCCACUCGAGCCAAAGACCUCCCUACCGGUCGAGGGGCGCCUUUUACACACAUCGGCGCAGGUCGAGCUCACGUCAACCGGAAUGGAGGGAAUGGAGCUCCCGGUGGUGCACCUCCACGCGGAGGCGGGGGUGGUCGAGGUGGCGGGGGUGGAGGUGGAGGCGGUUUCCGCGGCGGUGGUGGUGGCGGUGGAGGAGGAAGAGGUGGCGCACCCCGACCUGGACAUAUUCUCGAUACGAACGUCUGGACACAUCUCAUUAAUCACCUCAAAAAGGCACACCUCCUUCCGGUUGUUAACUUCGUCUUCAGCAAGAAGCGGUGCGAGGAGUAUGCGAACAAUUUGGGGAAGAUGGAUCUAUGUGAUGCCAAGGAGAAGAGCGAGGUGCAUGUGACGUGGGAGAGGGCUCUGAAUCGCUUGAAGGCGGAGGACAGGCAGCUGCCGCAGAUCACGCGGAUGAGGGAGCUUCUCGGUCGAGGUAUCGGGAUCCAUCACGGUGGUCUUCUCCCCCUCGUCAAAGAAGUCGUCGAGAUCCUGUUCUCCCGCGGAGUCGUCAAGGUUCUAUUCGCCACCGAGACCUUCGCCAUGGGUGUCAACAUGCCCGCCAAGUGUGUAGUCUUCUCUGGAAUCAGGAAGCAUGACGGGACGUCCUUCCGGAACCUGUUGCCCGGAGAGUAUACCCAGAUGGCGGGACGAGCGGGAAGAAGAGGUCUGGAUACGACGGGUACGGUCAUCAUUCUCAGUGGAGACGAGUUGCCGACUCAAAUUGAGCUACAAGAGAUGAUGCUCGGCGUCCCGAAUCGCCUUUCCUCCCAAUUCCGCCUGACGUACAAUAUGAUUCUCAACUUGCUCCGUGUCGAAGCGCUUCGAGUGGAGGAGAUGAUCAAGCGGUCAUUCUCGGAGAACGCGACUCAGAAGAUGGCGCCGGAGCAACAACGCCAGAUUGCGCAUACCGAGAAGCAACUCGCCAAACUCCCCAAAGUCAGCUGUGACCUCUGCAAUACCGACAUUCAACCUUUUUACGACCUCUCGGCCGAAGUCGUACGGCUGAACCGGGAAUUGUUGAAGGUUGCGAGCUGGACGGCUGCAGCUUCGAAGAUCUUCUCGCCAGGUCGAGUCGUGAUAUUGCGGAAUGGGCACUAUCCUGGAAACCUGGCUAUACUGCUCCGGAAUGCGCCUGCUUUGAUCAGCGGGACCGAGAAGAGCGAUGGCAAAGCAUUCCACGUGCUUGUUUUGCUCACUCCGGACCAAAAAUCUGGUGAAGACGACGUCAAAGCGUCCGAGCUCCCUCCUCUUUGGCCCGCUAGACUCCCCUCCGGCUCCCUGCCCAACGCGACAUACGAGCUCGCCGCUGUCGACACUACCUCCUUCUCUCUUAUCCUCAACCGCAGCAUCAAGACAGACCCUUCCGGUAUUCUCGACAAAAAGUCGACCGAGGUGGCCGAGAAGGCCGCCCAUGAUCUGUCGAUUAUGCAUGAGGAGUAUGGUGGACUGGGCUGGGGCGAGAUGCCCGAGGUGGACUGGGCGCGAGUCAAGCAGUUCGAGUUCCAGGAUCAGCUCAGGCAGCGGGCGGUGUUGAUGGAUCGGGUGGUCAAGUUUGGGUGUCAGCUUUGCCCUGACUUUGACGAUCAUUACGCGAUCAUGCACCAGACCAAGGUGGUCGAAGCCAGCUUGACUCAACUCAAGCUCAAAUUGUCGGACCAAAACCUCGAGCUGUUACCGGACUACGAGAGUCGGGUAGAGGUGCUCAAGCAGCUCAAGUUUAUCGAUGACAACUCGACUGUCCUUCUCAAGGGCCGAGUCGCGUGCGAGAUCAACUCGGCACAUGAGCUUAUCCUCACCGAGCUUAUCCUGGACAACAUCCUUGCGGACUAUACCGCCCAAGAAGCCGUCGCCCUCCUCUCCGUCUUUGUCUUUGUCGAGAAGACCGACUCGCAGCCUCAGAUCCCCAGCAAGCUCGCCGAUGGCUUGGACGUCAUCUAUAAGAUUGCCGAAGAUGUCGAGGCGGUCCAGAUCAGGUGCUCGGUGGCGCAUGAUGAGUUUAGGGAAAAGUUCAAGCCGGGGCUGGUAGAGGUUGUGUUUGAGUGGGCUGGGGGAAUGCCAUUCCAGCAGAUCACGGAAAUCACCGAUAUUCAAGAGGGUACUAUCGUGCGCGUCAUCACUCGUCUGGAUGAGACGUGUAGGGAAGUCCGGGACGCGGCACGGGUUAUUGGUGAUACUGAGCUGUUCAACAAGAUGGAAGAGGCGCAGUCGCUCAUUCGGAGGGACAUUGUGUUUGCUGCUAGCUUGUAUCUAUAG